AUGACCCUCCAAUUUUUUGUUCAAGAGAUUCCUCACUUUUAUCAAGAAAUGAGGCUGACUCAAUUCCUUUCUGAAACCAUGAGAGACACACUUGAACAAUGCCAAGAAGAAGCUCUCAUAGGAGAGACCAAGAUCUGUGCCAAGUCUGUAGAAUCCAUGUUUGAAUUUGUUGACACAACAAUUGGUUCAGAAAACAAGCAUAACGUUAUCAGAACUAGUUACCCUUCAGCUUCUGCCAUCUCUCUCCAAAAUUACACCAUUUUGAAAAUAUCACAUGACCUUGAUGCUUCCAAAUGGGUAGCUUGCCAUCCUCUACCUUAUCCCUAUGCAAUUUACUAUUGCCAUUACAUGGCUACAGGGACUAAAGUGUUCAAAGUCACACUUGUUGGCGAUGCAAAUGGAGAUAAAAUGGAAGCUCUUGGCAUGUGCCAUUUGGAUACAUCUGAUUGGAACCCAAAUCAUAUGAUAUUCAAGACACUAAGAGUUGAGCCUGGGAAGAAUACUCCUGUGUGUCACUUCUUUUCUAUAAACCAUCUUUUGUUGGUUCCAUUGCAGUCUUCAAAAGCCACCAUGUGA